GUUGACGCUAUGUUUCGCCUUGGUCCUCUAGGUGUCCUGCUCCUUCUGGCGUCUCAGUGGUGCUAUGUGGUCUCCGCGGUGACUGUGUACGGGCCCUUGGGUGCCCAAGGGACACCAGCUUCCUCGGGGGCGGCGCCCUCGGCAACAUUGGGCAACGCGGAUUGGACGAACAAGCUGAAUGCUUACAAUAAUGUCCGGCUACAACCCCCGCCGCUGCCGUCGCCAUUGCCUCCGACGGCAUUUUCAAUCGCGAUCCCUAGCCAGGCCCAGAACAUGCCUGGUCUGUCCAUCCCUCAGCGAGGGGACUUCUGGGGGUUUUCGAUCGAGAUGUCCGUCGUGCAGCAAGUCAUCGGCAAGAAUGCGUCAUUUAUCCAGGUUCCCUUCCUCAACCUCCUCGCUGCGGUAGUAGAGCGCGCGGGCAGUGUGCGCAUCCGAGUAGGUGGUAACACGCAGGAGACGGCUACGCUUGUAGACAGCCUGGCCGACAACGCCAUGAUCGAGAAGGCUAAGUCUGCUCCGAGCUCGUCUGCGAAAGGGGACGCGACGCCCACGCUGCUCUACACGCCGGAGCUGCUGCAUCUCCUGUCUAAUAUCUCUGCGCUAGUGAACGCGAAGUGGUAUCUGGGUAUACCGAUGAACGACACGUCCAACCUCAGGCUUCAGAUCGCAGAAGCUGCAGACGCCAUUCUCGGUGACAAUGUACUAGGAUAUCAAGUUGGUAACGAACCUGACCUUUACGCGGAUCACGGACACAGACCGGCAGAUUAUGACCAGAAUGACUACAAAACCGAAUUUGGAGUUGUUGUGGACGCCGUGCAGCAAGAUACGAAGAUUACGAACAAGAACAAGCUUAUCGCACCCAGUCUGCAGGGUACUUGGAGCCCCGAAGAUCUUUUCGCUACUGGUUUCCUCGAUUCGUAUGCUUCAUCAAUGAGUGUCAUCGCUAUGGAACAUUACCCCGACCAAAACUGUGCAGCCGAAUUCCCUGACGGCACCUUCGGACCCAUCAAAGAUCCGCAGACUGUCUUCCCGAACUAUCUCUCCCAUGCCUCCGGUCAGAAUCUCGUCAAACCCUAUCUGAACACGGCGGGCAUUGCCCAGCAGCUCGGGAAGGAGUUCAUGAUGUUCGAGACGAACACUGCGUCCUGCGGAGGUUUCCCUGGUGUCAGCGACAGCUUUGGCUCGGCUAUCUGGGCCGUGGACUACGGUCUGCAGAUGGCGUACAGCAACUUCACUGGUGCUCUGCUCCACGUUGGUGGUCAGAAUGUUUCGUACAACCCUUUCACACCGCCUCCAACUAACCUUUCCGUUUUCGACCAAUGGACUGUCGGACCUGUUUUCUAUUCCACCCUUUUCAUGGCCGAGGCGCUGGGAACCACCAACAGCUCUCGCGUUGUCGAUCUGCUCCCUAACGACGCCAAUCCGUUCACGCCCGCCUAUGCAAUUUACGAGGAACAUGCUCUUGCUCGCAUCGCGCUCAUCAACUUCAUGGAUGGGCAGACCGCUGGGUACAAUGUCACGCUUUCAAUUGGCGGCAACCAAGUUGGCGAGCCGAACGACACGCCAGCGCAGGUGAAAGUCAAGUAUCUGCUUGCCCCGUCUGUCAGCGAGAAAGAGCAGAUUACAUGGGCAAAUCAGACGUUCGGUGGUCGCUUCCAAGCGGACGGCCGUCUGUCCGGACAGGAGUUCGUCCAGACCAUUACGUGCGAUCAGGGUGCGAACACCUGUCAAAUACCAGUGCCAGCUCCCGGCGUGGCUCUCGUCUUCCUCUCCAGCGACGCGCAAACUAACGCCGACCCCACGACCAUGACUUUCUCCACGACGGCAGUCACGAAGGCCGCCGAAACGCUUACCGUUGCCGCGAGCGCGCUUGCAACAAGCAACGGCCACGGUGGCAAGCUACCCUUGUCGGGUACGAGCAAGGGCUCUAGCGGUGGUGCGACUGCGAUCGGCGUCCCGCUCUCGCUCUCGCUCGCUUCGCUGUUCUUCGGUGCUUUGGUUCUCCUGCGAUAGUGUCACGGACAAUGGACCUUGCUCUCGGCCGGCGAGACGGACGCUUUUGCAUGCAUUUUAGUGUUACAGACAGUAAUUCUUGGACAUGGACUUCGGCAUUGUUAUGGAUAGAACCACUUGUAUUCGUAGCCUACAUCACAUCACUACUUCGUCACGACGUUUUCGAUAAUGCACAUCGUACUUUAUGACUUUU